AUGUCAUGCCCAGUUCAAGAGAGUGUACUCCAACAACUAUUCAAGGUUCUCACCAACCUGGUAUCAAGUGAUAACACAAUCCGAGCCUCGGCCGAGACCUAUCUUAAUGCUGAUUGGAUACUCAAAAAGCCAGAUGCUCUUCUCUCUGGACUUGCACACUUUGCAAAACAUAGUGAAGUGGCCGAUUUACGUUCUUUCGCUGCAGUCUUAACACGUCGAGUUGCUUUCAAAGCUCCCGCGAACCAAGAUGCCAGAUCAUCAGGGACCAAGUCUCCAUCAUCGCCUAUUCCAUCUUCAGCUAGUUCGGAAACAACGUUAUGGGGCAAUGUACAAGAAGAUACUCGGACGUAUGUCAAGGCUCAAUUCUUGGAGUCACUUGUAUUUGAGAUUCAGAAAUCUGUUCGUAUUAAGAUCUGCGACACCAUCGCAGAGAUUGCGCAUUCCUUUUGGCCAGAACUUCUCCCAGCACUGUUUGAAUGUGCCAAAUCUUCAACUCCAGAAGUACGCGAAUCUACUUACAGGAUCUUUGCGUCAGUGCCACAUCUCAUCGCUUCACAAGAUGUGGAGGUCCUUAAAAAUGUGUUUGCUGCAAGCCUCAAAGAUGAGAACCUUCAGGUUCGUCUAGCUGCAACAAAAUCCGCAGCAUCUUUCAUGCUCGACACUGACCACAACACCCGUAAUGCACUUAUGCCUUUGAUGCCAUUUGUGCUCGAUACCCUUAACAGCCUCAUGACCGUCAAGGAUGAGGCUGGACUUGUGGAAGGUCUCGGCGUCGUGAUUGAGCUUGCAGAGAACUCUCCACGACUUUUUCGUCAUGUCCUCAUGACUAUGGUCCCCUUCAUGCUAUUGAUCAUCAAGAACAAGUCCUUUGGAGACCAACCACGCCAAUCUGCAUUAGAGCUUCUACUUACGAUUGCAGAAUGUGCUCCUAAUUUGAUCCGCAAAUCUGCUCCAGAUUUCACGGUGACUCUUGUGCCAGUGAUCUUGGAGAUGAUGAAGGAAUUGGAUGAUGACGAUCAAGAAUGGUACGCAACCGAUGAUCAAAAUGAAGAUGAUGAAGAAGAAAAUUAUGUCCUUGGAGAACAUGCCAUGGAUCGGCUAGCUCGCGCUCUAGGCAGCAAAGCAAUGCUGCCGGUCUGCUUCCAAUACAUCCCACAGUUGCUGGGCAACCAACAGGACUGGACAGCACGGCAUGCAGGUCUUAUGGCUGUUUCUUCAAUCGCCGAAGGUUGUGCCCGAAUCAUGGAAAGAGAGCUGGCCAAGGUCCUCCAUAUGGUUGUGCCGUUCCUCAAGGACUCCCAUCCAAGAGUUCGUUACGCUGCCUGUCACGCGAUCGGACAGAUGGCAACAGACUUCAAAGGCACGAUGCAAAAGAACCACCAUGCGUUAGUUCUCACCAAUCUGAUCCCAGUUAUGGACGAUGCCCCCCAUCCAAGAGUCCGUGCUCAUGCUGCGGCGGCUCUCGUAAACUUUUGUGAGGCAGCAGAGAAGCGUAUUUUGGAACCAUACUUGGAUGCUAUUUUUGAGAGACUGUUGUCGCUACUCAAAACGGGGACGACGUAUGUGCAGGAACAAGCCAUCACAACCAUUGCCACUGUGGCUGACAGUGCUGAAGACCGUUUUGUAAAGUACUACAAUGGGAUUAUGCCCUUGUUAAUUGAUGUUCUUCGCCAAGCGACAACCCCCGAAUACAGGCUAUUGAGGGGUAAAGCGAUGGAGUGCGCCAGCUUGAUUGCGUUGGCCGUGGGUAAAGAUGUUUUUGGGCCUCAUUCACAAGAGUUUGUCAAGUUGUUGGUUCAGGCUCAGACAUCCUUGACCGAGCUGGAUGAUCCUCAAGCUUCCUAUCUUUUGGCAGCGUGGGCUCGCAUCUGCAAAGUGCUCGGACAGGACUUUGUCCCUUAUCUCGACACUGUCAUGCCACCACUCCUCACCAGCGCUGCACUCAAGCCAGACUUUGCAAUUCUGGAUCCUGAGGACGAUGUUGCGUCCAAGUAUCCUGCAGAGGACGGAUGGGAGUUUGUUACUGUAGACGGCCGACAACUUGGUAUCAAGACGACAAUGAUGGAAGAGAAAUGUACUGCUCUUGAGAUGCUGAACUGUUAUGCGCGUGAGCUUGGAUCCGGAUUCCGGCCUUAUAUUGAAAGGGUUCGUGACAUCGCAUUGCCUCUCCUUCGAUUCUACUUUCAUGAGGGAGUUCGACGUGCAUCCGCGGCUAUUCUGCCACAACUGAUCUCUUGCGCUAAACAGUCGGAGCUUGGGGAAGACUACCUACAUAAUAUGUGGAGCGGUAUUUGUCUCAGAAUGAUUGAUACCAUGUCUACAGAGACAGACGCUACAUAUUUACAUCACUUGUACAAUGCGUUCCACGAAGCGUUGGACUUCAUGGGGCCCAGCCCUAGUCUCUCGCUCGAAAUGAUGGAGGCUUUCACAAAGGCAACCAAACGUCAGUUGAAGGAACUAUACGCACGUUUGAAGGAUCGUGAAGAGGCAAGGGCAGCUGCGGGAUUGGAAGUGGAGGAACGAGUAGCGAUUGAAGAAGAAGAGUUCAAUGAGGAGUCUGUUUUGAAUGAAAUUUCGGGAGCGUUACAAAGCGUGCUCAAGUAUCAUGGCGUAGCAUACAUGGCCUCAUUCCGAAUGCUCACGUCGGUGAUGAACAGGUAUCUAGGCUCAUCCAACUUGAUUGCACGUCAAUGGUCCCUCCGUGUGUUGAAUGAUUUUGUAGAGUUCACAGGUCAACAUUCAUGGCCGGUCAUGGUCUCGUUCCUUCCACAGAUGCUCGAAUCAGUUGUGUUUGCAGACUCAGCAGAGAUUCGUCAGGUAGCCUGCUAUGGUAUUGGUCUUUGUGGACAGUAUGGAGGCUCACAAUAUGCAGAAGUCUGUGCCGCGGCUCUGUCGUUGCUUUUCCAAGUGAUCUAUGAGCCUGGCUCCCGAGACCCCGAGAAUAUCUUGGCGACUGAAAAAGCUAUCGCUGCAGUGGCAAAGAUUUGCAAAUUCAAUCAUUCACAGUUUGAUGUUAAUGCGGUCUUACCUUCAUGGAUUCAAACCUUACCGAUCCUGCAUGAUGAACGCGACGCGUCAAUGACGUAUUGUUAUAUGUUGGACCUAAUUGAGGCACAAAAUAUGGCACUUCUCGGUCUUAAUAAUGUAAAUCUGCCCCAUAUCACAGCCGUAAUGAUUGAAGCGUUGGCAGCUGGGAUUGUUCCUGAACCAAUGAUAGCAAGGAUGAUGCAGACAUUUAAAGCAGCCCUCAGCAUGUUAGAUUCUAAUACAACCACAGUCAUCUGGAGUAAGAUUGCACCCGAGAAGAAGAAAACAUUACAGGAAC